AUGACAGCCACGUCGCAGCGCCACAAGGUCCUCGGGACAUCGCUCCUCCUCAUCCUUUUGCUCUCGGCCGGUGACCUCUACGUGGGGCAUCGCACCACGUCUGCGAGCGCCGCCGGCUGGGGCAUACCGCCUCUUGUGGCAACCACGACACUUGCAGCGAUGUACUCGACACACCGCCCGCGCCAGCACCUCGCCAUCGUGAUCGGCGGGCUCUGUCUGGUGCAGCUUGGGCUUGUCGCCAUUGCCCUUCUGGCGACCAUGCUUGGUCUCGGUGCGACGCUGUGCUGCUGCGGCUCGCGUCUCUGCCCGGACGACGGCAUGCUGGCACUGGAAGGGUGUGCGACGGCCUCCGACAACUGCGCCACAAGUCCGUUUCGCCAAGCGUGCGCCGUGUACGCCCUUGUGCGGAGUCUGUAUGUGACGGUAUGGGUGGCCGCGAUGCAGUAUGAAGCCGCGAAAGAGCACGUUGCCCUCCAAGACGGCUACGCCAAUUACGUUGCUCUGUACCAACGCUCGGACCCGGCUCUCUUCGCAGCUCGCGCUGACGUCGUUCUGCGCGUAUCCUGUUAA